GACAGGAAGAGAUGCGAAACGGCCGACUGCCAGGUAAAUACUAAACAGAGGAUGCUAGCGCUGCCCGCGUCCGACACGACAAAAAGGGCAGUAACUCCUGAAUAACCGGAGCAAAGAUGACACCACAUGCUUUAUCGAGGACAUUAAGUUUUAGACAUCAGACUGAGAACCUGUAGCCAUGGAUGGCCAUGCAGCCAAAAACAAUGAAAGCACCUUCCCCAGCUACGUGGAUCUGGAUAAGUUUCUGAACAAGCACAACUCAAACUUCAUCUGGCUCCUCGUUGCCACCAUCCUGUCCUGCGGAUGGAUCAUCUAUUUAACUUAUUACAACUCGCGCAACAUCGGCCUCAUCCUCACCCUCAUCAUCAACAGGCUCUACAAGGAUGGCUACAUUCACAUCGGCUCCUUCUCCUUCUCUGUGCUGUCAGGGAAAGUCAUGUUCAGAGAUGUCUACUUCAUCAACCAAGACAUGUCUAUCAGGAUACAGGAUGGCUUCCUCAUAUUUCGUUGGUGGAAAAUGUACAACCCCAAACAGAAACAGCAUGAUCCCAAGGCAGAGACCAGGCUUUACGUGACAGUCAACGGUUUUGAGUUUCACGUCUACAACCGGACCGACCUCUACGCCCGGCUGCAGGAGACCUUCGGACUAGAACCGACGGUCCUGACGGCCAAAAAGGAUGAAGAGAAGGGUAGAGAAGACAGAAGCAAGACAUUAGAAAGCGUGGACAUCAAAGCAGAGAGUCCAGACCCCACGUCGUCUUGGCGUUCCCUCAUCCCCGUCAUCAAAGUCAACAUCAGCACCGGUCGUUUGGCGUUUGGGAACCACUACCUACCCCAGACUCUGUGUGUGAACUUUGAAGAUGCUUUCCUGACGUACGCCACCAAACCUCCAUCCAGCCACCUGGACCAGUACAUGCACAUCGUCAAAGGCUCCCUGGAGAAUGUGCGCGUCAUGCUGGUUCCCAGUCCCCGCUACCUGGGCAUGCAGAAUGAUGAACCUCCCAGACUGAUGGGCGAAGGCUUUGUGGUGAUGCAGUCCAAUGAUGUUGACAUCUACUACUACCAGGAUGAACCCGGUCUCGUCCCUGUGGAGCAGGAGAACGGGGAGGAGGCAGAGACGUGCAGCGAGGACGAUAAGCUCCAGGACCUGCCCCCAUGUUGGGGUCUGGACAUUGUCUGCGGGAAAGGAACUGACUUUAAUUACGGGCCCUGGGCAGAUCGACAGAGGGACUGCCUGUGGAAGUUCUUCCUGCCUGCCGACUACCAGGCUAUGAAAGUAACCGAGGUGGCCCAGCCAGGAAAACCCAGGCAGAUCCAGGCCUUCGAGCUCCGCAUGAACAUCAUUGCUGACGCCACCAUCGAUCUGCUUUUCACCAAAAACAGGGAAACCAAUGCCAUCCAUGUGAAUGUAGGCGCAGGCUCUUACCUGGAAGUCAACAUCCCCAUGACUGUGGGAGAGAAUGGCUACUCUCCCACCAUCAAAGGUCAGCUGCUUCACGUGGACACCACCAGCAGCAUGCAGUAUAGGACUCUCCUGGAGGCUGAGAUGUUAGCUUUCCACGUGAUCGCCAGCUACCCCCGGGUGUGGAACAUGCCUCAGUCAUGGCAGUGUGAGAUCGAGGUGUACAAGGCCACGUACCACUUCAUCUACGCCCAGAAAAACUUCUUCACCGAUUUGAUCCAGGACUGGGCAAGUGACAGCGCCCCCGACAUUUACUCCUUCGUGCCCUAUUCCUGGAAGUUCAAGAUCCUUUUCCACCAGUUUGAAAUGAUCUGGGCGGCGAACCAACACAACUGGAUUGACUGUUCCACCAAGCAGCAGGAGAAUGUGUACCUGGCAGCCUGCGGCGAGACGCUCAAUAUAGACUUCACUUUGCCUUUCAAUGAGUUCGUUCCAACCACCUGCCACACCCGCUUCACUCUGAAGGCGGAAGACACAGACAUGAGACUGUCCCUGCCAGAGUGCCACCCGAGCCGCUACCCCCUCCUCACCCUGGCCAAAGACUACCAGAACGUUAAGCUGCCCCCAGACAUGUUCAUGCCAGGGGAGCCUCAAGGAGCUCCCCCUCCAAAGCCCACCAAGUCCCGAUGGAGGAACAUCACCCACGCGGAAGCCGGCUGGGUGGAUUGCUGGAGUGUGCCCAACUUCUUGCUCAUCAUUGACUACACCUGGCACCCCAUCUAUCCCCAGAAGGCUGACGAGCAGCUCAAACAGUCUCUGUCUGAGAUGGAGGAGUCCAUGCUGUCGGCUUUACGGCCUCCGGAACACACCUCAGGAACCCACAACCCGCCGCCUCGCUACACCUCCACCUCUGCUGCGGGUUCCCACAGCCGGGCCCCCACCGACCCCUCCGAGCUGCCUCCCGACAGACUUCACGUGGAGAUGGAGAUGUCCCCAGACUCUCAAAUCAUCCUCUAUGGGCCUUUGCUCCGAGCGCUGAUCUCCAUCAAGGAAAACUACUUUGGCGAGGACGACAUGUACACAGACUUUGAGGAGGCCCUGACCAGCCCCGUGUUGUCCACCCCGACGUCCUCGGGCGUCGGCUGGUCUCCUCUGGGAAUGGAGGACAGCGAGCAGAAGGACAAAUCAAACAUCCAUCCGCUGGACCUGCGGCCCUGGGACAUCACCGUUCUCAUCAACCUCUACAAAGUCCAUGGCCGACUGCCAAUGCACUGCAGCACCGAGGGUCCUGAAGGUCCAUCCGGCUUCCUGGAGCGGCUGUGCUUUGAGAUGAAGAAGGGUUACAAGGAGACGAAGCUUCAGCUGCUCCUCUCCCCCAUGCACAUCUUCGUCAGUGACAACUACCAGCGACCCACGGCCGACGGGGUGUUGAGGGACGGCCACCUGAGUCUGUCUGGCCUGCAGAUGAGGGCCCACGCCAUGUUCUCGGCUCAGGGUCUCCCCCUGGGCAGCGACACGCUGGAGUACGCCUGGCUCAUCGACAUGCAGGCCGGAGCGCUCACCGGCAGGGUCACGGUCCCACAGGUGGCGAGUAUGAUCGAGUGGGGCGAGACUUACUUUUUCCACGUGUUGUCCCGGGAGUUCCAGCUGGAGCAACCCAAGCCGUCUGUCAUCUGCCAGCACGGCGCCGACCGCCGCAUCUGCGACGCCAAGCUGAGCUGCCUGCCCGGUCACUGUCGCACAUCAGAGGAGUUGAAGUACACCAUGACCCGCCUGGCCGUGGACGGCGUCGACCUCUUCGUCGUGGAGCACGGCUGCGCGGCCAGCAUCAAGACGGGCAUCGUCCGCGUGGCUAACUGCAACCUGCACAACCAGGCGGUGGGAGAGGGCAUCAGCGCCGUGGUGCAGGACAUAAACAUCCGGCAGUUCAUCGAGCAGCAGCAGCAGCAGCAGCAGCAGCAGCACAGCGAGGCCGCCAGGCUGCAGCCGGCAGGGCAGGGUCAGGGUCCGGGUCAGCCUCCUUUGCUGCGACGCUCCGUCUGGCUGGAGGCGGGUUCGGUCAACCUGAACCUCAUCACGGCGGACAUCGCCCUUGCAGCCGACCACUCGGCCAAAUGUGAAGUCCAGAGGCAUUUUCUGGAACUGCACGAUGCUCAGACCAAAAGACUCUGGUUCCUGUGGCCAGAAGACGCCAGCAUUCGUAACAAGCGAAGCAGGAACCGCUGUGGCUGCCUCGGAGGCUGCAGGUUCUUCGGAGGCACCAACAUGGGCCUGGACUUCUUCAAGAUCGAAGAGCUGACGCCCUCCUCCUCGUCCGCCUUCUCUUCCUCCAGCACCGAGUCAGACAUGUGCUACGGCCAGUCCCUGCUUCAGCCCGGGGAGUGGAUCAUUACCAAGGAAACUCCCAAAGUGGAUGGGAGGGUUGUAGGGCUGAAAACAGAGACGCACUCUCCUUGCCUUCCUCCUGAGCUUCCUGAGAGGCGUGGCCAGCAACACCUCAGUCUGCAGGUGCCGCAGAGAUCUCACAGCUCUGCCUCCUCCUCUGAGGAAAACAGCUCCUCCAGCGCUGCCUUGCCCCUGCUGGCCGGAGAGAGGGACUCCCCCUCACCGAGCACGGAGGAGCGCAUGUUUCCCGUGAACGGCAAAAGCCCUGCUGACACCCUAGGGGAGGUCCCUGAGGUCUCACCGGUCUCGCCCAACAGCUCCCAGGACCGCACCUCGGUGCGCUCGCCCCUCUGCUCUCCCCUCAAGCGCCAGUCCUCCGUGCACUCCGGCCGGCUGGGCAGCACCAAGAGCCUGUCAGCGGCCGUCUUCACGGACAAGCCGCCGCCGGCGCUGGCCGGGGGCGUCCAGUUCAGCAGCGAGGUCUCCCGGAGCGACGAGAACGUCCUGGACUCCCCCCGUCAGCGGCGGAGCUACGGCUCCUUUCCCUUCACGCCGUCGGCGGACUCCAACACCUUCCACCAGUACCGCUCCGCCGACUCGAGCAUGUCGGUGGCCGACAGCGAGGCCUACUUCUCCGCCGCGGAGGACUUCGAGCCGAUCAGCAGCGCCGACGAGGGCCCGGGGACGUACCCGGGCCGCAAGAAGAAGAGGAGGCAGCAGAUGCCGCAGCCCCAGCAGCCCCCGUAUCACAUGGAGAACUACAGCCGGAGCUCCAUCUACCACAGCGUUGAGGGUCCCCUCACCUACGUUCUCAACGGAGAGCUGAUCACUGAGCCGCGUCCUCUUCCGCUGCCUCCGAUGUUGCCCCCGCUGCCCCCCCAGCCCCUACCCAGCCACAUGUCCCAGGCUUCCUUUGUCUCAGCCCUGGCCAUGGAAGAGGAGAGCUCAGUGGAGGCAGAAAAGACGGCUGAGCCGGGCCCCGUAACUCGACAGCCCCACGUCAUGGCCUGCUACCAGAGCUACCUGGCUCACUACCAGGUGUCAAAUUGGUCCGUCAAGCAGCCCACCAAUAAAAGGACGUCCAAGUCUUCUCUGCAUCGGCCCCUCGACCUGGACACGCCCACCAGCGAGGAGAGCUCCGCCUCUUUUGACCAGCUCGCUGUCCCCAGCUUUAAGGUGAUAAAGCAAGGCCUCUCAGCCAGCUCUCUGUUAGACAGAGGAGUUCAGCUCAUGGGUGAAAACAACAGUACACCGUACACCCCCCUGGAUAAGAGGGCCAUGGACAACACAGAUGAGGACACGACGACGGAUGACUGGACUCUGGAGCAGCCCCUGGCUCAGACCAGAACAACCGCCAUCGUGGAGGUGAAGGGGGCCAUCAAUGUGGUGCUCACACCCCUCGUGGCUGAAUCUCUGGACAGGUACAUCGAGUCUAUGGUCCACUUCGCCAGCAUCCGACACCCAGCAGCCAUUCUUGAUGACCUGCAUGGCAAAGUCCUCAAUGAAGCCUAUCAGAUCAGCAAGUCCACAGUCACUGAGUCUAGUCAAACAGGCAAGCAGGAGCACAAGCUGUCCAAGACAGAGGGCACGACCCCCGGCUCCCUCAACAUCUCCCACGGCCAGACGGACCUGUCUGUCAAACCCGAUAAUGUGAAAAUCAAGGGCCUCCAAGCCAACGUCUCCAUUCCCAAGGUGAACCUUUGCCUCCUGCAGGCCUCUGUAGAGGAGGGCUCACCGUCUUCCUCCAGCAAGUGUGUCACCCAUGUGUCUCUGGUGGCGCUGUGCUUCGACAGGAUCGCCACCCAGUUCAGGAUGAACAGAGGUAUCGUGGAAGAGACUCCCAACACCACGGAACACGGCCGACCGUCCGUCAUGUUGGAGAAGUACGCCUCAGCCACCAAGAUGCAGCCUCAGUCUUCAGGCUCGCUGCGUUCCAACGCCGGCAUCGAGAAAGGCAAAGAGAUCGCUGCGAGGCUCAAUAUCCACCGCAUCCACAGCCAGCUCCGAGGCCUGGACUCCACAGACAUUGGUACGUGUGCUAUCACGGCAAUUCCUUUUGAGAAGUCCAAAGUGCUCUUUGGUCUGGAGGAGAUGGAGGAGUUUUCAAUGGUGGAUGAAACCGACGCUCAGGCCACAGCGGGCGAUUUGGGCCGUUCGGCUGCAUGUCUUGAGAAGUGGGGCUGGAUCAUGUUUGAAUGUGGCAUCGAGAACCUCACGGUUAAAGGGGGCCGUCAGUCCGGAGCCAUUCUGUACAACGCGUUCGGUGUGAUGGGGCGUUCAGAUGCUGCGGGGAAGACGGGAAUGUCCAAGUGCAACGGUUCAACAGGCUCUCAGACAGGAAGCGGUUACAGCACAGACGUGUCUGAUGACAACCUGCCUAACGAUACUGUCAGUCCUGCCUCUGAUGUCAAUGAGCAGUCAGACUCAGACGACCAGGAUGAAGGAGUGGAGUCGGACGACCUGAAGAAAGACCUCCCCCUCAUGCCCCCGCCGCCUGACUCCAGCAGCAUGAAGCUGACCAUCAGAGAGAUCUGGUUCAGUUUCGCUGCCCCCACCAACGUUCGCUCACCCUCGCAAGCCAUCUCCAGGCAGCUGAAUCUGCUCAGCACAGCCACGCCUGCCAUCGGGGCCUGGUUGGUUCCCAUCGACCAGCUCAAAUCUUCUCUCCGCAAGCUGGACAUGGAGGGCACCCUGCGCGUGUGCGCCGUCAUGGGCUGCAUCAUGACGGAAGCUCUUGAGAAAAAGAGCAUCCACAUCCCGAUCCGGAGCAAGUACAACCGCGUCACUAAACGAGCGCGCUACCUGCAUGAGAACCCCUCCUGUAUGCUGUGUAACAUCCUGCACCGCUACCUGCAGCAAGCCGACUACUCCGUCAUAGACGAGGCCACCAUGAAUGAUGGCGUCCCUGCUCUGGUGACUCUGAAGAAGGGCUUGGUGGCUUUGGCCAGACAAUGGAUGAAAUUCAUUGUGGUGACUCAGGGUUUCAAGGCUAUCGGUCUGAUGAGGCCCAACCAGCUGACCAAGCCCAAGGAGCCCCAGCAGAGCCACGGCGACACCAUCCUGGGCCUGGACAACGGAGCCGCGCUGCAGAGCGACACCAGCGCCGAUGGAGCCGAAUUUGAAUUUGACGCAGCCACAGUGAGUGAACACACCAUGCUGCUGGAGGGAGCAUGCAGCCGCCCGCCGCCCAAAGAGGGGAACUCGGGUCCCGUCAGCGGAGUGGAGAUCAUGAGGAAGCUGUCCAAGUCCCAUGCACACAGCGAGUCUGCACUCAGAAUAAAGGGCUCCCACCCCUACCAGUCUCUGAGCUACACCAGCGGUGACACGGCAGCCGACUCGCCCGCCCACGUGAGCCGCGCGGGCCUCCCGGCCAAGGACAGCCCCAGGAAGGAGAGCCUCCUGAGCAAUCUGACGGGCAGCUUCAGGAGCCUGCACAACCUGCUGGAGGGCACGCCUCAGAGGAACGAGCCGUCUGCCGCCGCCGCCGCCGCCAAGAGCAGCUCCCUGACCCGCACAGGAACAGACAUGCUAACCGAGCACCCGCUACUGUCUGAGCCAUCGUCCGUCAGCUUUUACAACUGGAUGUCCAACGCUGUGGGCAACAGGGCUGGGGCCGGAGUCCAGGAGUCCCCUGUAAACCGCUCCCAGCACAACAGCCUUCAGACAGGCGGGACGUGCAACCUGCCCACCAUCCCGUCCGCCUCGGACUUCAACACGGUCCUCUCGAGCGACCAGAACACGCUGGACGGGACCCACUCCCAGCACAGCACGAGCCAGGACGACAUGGCCGACAUCGAGGAGGGCAACCAGUGCCCGGCUGCCGUCCAGCUCGCCGACGCUCAGGUUGUUUUCAAGCCUUUGCUGAGCUACACGGGCAUCCAGGCCCAAGACGCCACUCCACUUAGUUACAAGAUGUAUUUUGGAGAGCACUUGUCUUUUUCUGGCAACCUGGACUGUCUCAGGGCAGACAUCGUCGACUCUGACACUUCCAAAGAGCGCAAGAACAAGCGAUCCAGGAGACAAGGGAUGGUGAACCUCCCUCCGCUGGAGUUCAAGCCGGCGCUGCUGAUCGAGACGUUCAGCGUGAACGCGGUGGUGAUGGAGAAGUCGACGAGCGCCCCGCAGGGCCCCAGCGCGGCGCCGCUCUCGUUCCACGACCUCAACCGGCGCCACUACAACACGUUCCACUGCGACUUCACCACGGCCUGCCAGGCCAUCAGCCAGCGCGUCGACAUGGCCCUGGUGCGCCUCAUCCACCAGUUCAGCACCAUGAUCGACGACAUCAAGGCCACGCAGACCGACAUCAAGCUGAGCCGCUACACCGCCGGCUCCGCCUCCCCGACGCCCACCUUCAAGGCCCGGCCGUACCGCCACUUCAGGUCGUCCGACUUCAGCCGCAGCUCCCGCGGGAGCCUGAACGGGGCCGGCCGCAGCGGCACGCAAACGCUGAAGAGCAAGAGGGGGGUGGCCGGAGGAGGGGGAGGCGGAGGAGGAAGUGGGGGAGGAGGAGGAGGAGGAGGAGGAGGAGGAGGAGGAGCGGGGGUUGGUGGAGGUCUACCUUCCAACGGACCUCCGUCAGGCAUGGACACACUGGGAAGACGGGAGCCCAGAGGACGCAGCUCCCUCGGACGCUCGGAGCGACGCACCUCUAAGGUGUCGCGGAAGGGCUCCCGUGACGUGGCCGACCACAUGGCGAUCCCCAUGGACGACUCGGACUCCAUCACGGUGUCGGAGCAGAGCGAGCCGUCAGCGGAAUGCUGGCAGAACAUGUACAAGCUGCUCAACUUCUACUCCCUCAUCUCUGAUCCCACUGGCAUCCUGGAGAAAAGCUCCCCGGAGAACUGCCUUUCAGAGGGUGCGCGUCGGCCGUCGGAGCCUCUCUGUAAAGUCAUCUUUGAGAACGAGCAGGAGGACCCCACCACGCCCAACAAGCUGGCGGGUGCGGGCGGGAGGCGGCGCAGCCUGGUGAGCUCCGAGCCCCAGCACGUCACGCUCAUCGUGUUCGGCAUCGGCAUGGUGAACCGCACGCACCUGGAGGCGGACAUCGGCGGCCUGACCAUGGAGGCUGAGCUGAAGAAGAUCCACGGAAGUUUCACCUUGAAGGAGAAGAUGAAAGAUAUUCUUCACCAGAAAAUGACGGAGACGUGUGCGUCGGCUCACAUAGGAGGGGUAAACAUCGUCCUGCUGGAGGGGAUCACACCAAAUAUUCAACUGGAGGAUUUCCCAACAUCUCCCACCAGCACCGCUAAACAAGAGUUUCUGACGGUGGUCAAAUGCAACAUCGCCAAGUCUCAGGCUCUGUACAGCGCCCAGCGGGGACUGAAGACCAACAACGCCGCCGUCUUCAAAGUGGGCGCCAUUAUGAUCAACAUCCCCCAGCACCCGGCUACUUUGCACAGCAUGAUGGUCCGCAGCUCCCACCAGCUGUCCAAGCAGAUCUCUGACCUCAUCCGCCAGCCGUCCAACGUUCAACCCCCUAACAGGGAGGACACUCCCACCCCACAACCCUCCGACAAGGCGUCCAGCAUCAAUCAGACCCCCGUCGAGGCCAACGAGUUCCCCCAGCUUCCAGAAGGCCUGGAGAAGAAGCCCAUCGUCCUCAAGUUCAGCGCCAUGAUGGAUGGCAUCACCAUCGGCGCCGCCCUGCUGCCUUCUCUAAAGGCAGAGUACAAAAUGGGACGCAUGAAGAGCCACGGCAUGACUGGGGCGCAAACCAGCUUCACCUUUGAGCUGCCGAACCACAAACUUUGCUUCCAGUCAAAAGUGUCCCCGGUGGACAUGUCCACCAUGUCACCGUCCGCCAGCCUCACCCUGCCUCCAGUCACGAUGUCGGGAGAGUACAUCAUGGAGGACCACGAGAGCCACUCGGACCAGGGCUGGGCCCCGGACGACUUCCCAGCAAAGCAAGGAAACUACCUGCAAGGCAACUACCUGCGUUGUGUGGCUGAGAUCGGUUCAUUCGAGCACAACCUGACCACGGACCUGCUCAACCACCUGGUCUUUCUGCAGAAGGUCUUCAUGAAGGAGGUGAACGAGGUCAUCCAGAAGGUGUCAGGAGGAGAGCAGCCCAUCCCUCUGUGGAAUGAGCACGACACCUCUACGGACGCAGACAAGCCCAAGAUUCUCCUGUAUUCUCUCAGCCUCAUGUUCAAGGGAAUCCAGAUGACAGCCACCACUCCCUCCAUGAGGGCCGUGCGCUUUGAGACGGGCCUGAUAGAGCUGGAGCUCUCCAACCGGAUCCAGUGCAAGGCUCAGCCGGGAGGCAGCAGCAGCUACCUCAAACUGUUCGGCAAAUGUCAGGUCGAUCUCAACCUGGCCCUCGGACAGAUAGUCAAACACCAGGUGUACGAAGAAGCCGGCUCAGACUUCCACCAGGUGGCGUACUUCCGGACUCGGAUCGGUUUGCGUAACGCUCUACAGGAAGAAAUCAGCGGUUCAUCGGACAAGGAGGCCGUCCUCAUCACACUCAACAGGCCGAUCGUUUUCGCACAGCCUGUGGCAUUUGACAGAGCUGUGCUCUUCUGGCUGAAUUACAAGGCAGCCUAUGACAACUGGAAUGAGCAGCGCUUGGCCCUCAACAAGGACAUCCACAUGGCCACGAAAGAGGUGGUGGACAAGCUCCCGGGCAUCCAGCAGACCUCCGUCCAGGCUUUCAGCACCCUCUUCCUCCAGCUGACUGUCAACGACCUGGGCAUCUGCCUCCCAAUUACCAACACAUCCCAGAAAGGACAAGUACCAGCUACGGAGGGCAUCAACUCUGAAGCUGGGCCCAGCACAUCAGUAGGCCGGCAAAAUAAUGCACGAAAAGCCAAUCACAGCAUAGAUUUUGACACCGGCUCGGCCAUGGUCCUGACCAUCGAGAGCACGCUCAUCACCGCCUGCUCCUCCGAGUCCCUGGUGAGCAAAGGGCACUUCAAGAAUUUCUGCAUCCGCUUCGCCGAGGGCUUCGAGACCUCCUGGGACGACUGGAAACCCGAAGUCCGGGGAGACCUCGUCAUGAACGCUUGUGUGGUCCCUGACGGUACAUAUGAAGUGUGUUCCAGGACUACGGGGCAACCCUCCGCUGAAAGCAGCAGCGCCGGCACCUGGACUCUCAACGUGCUCUGGAAGAUGUGCGGCAUCGACGUCCACAUGGACCCCAACAUCGGCAAGCGGCUCAACGCGCUGGGCAACACGCUGACGUCGCUGACGGGCGAGGAGGACGUGGACGACAUCGCCGACCUGAACUCCGUGAACAUGGCCGACCUCUCGGACGAGGACGAGGCCGACACCAUGUCGCCCACCAUCCACAUGAGUCCAGAGGGCCCGUUCAGCCCUCGGCUGACCUUAAAGAAGCGUCUGGUAAACCACAUCUUGGGCCUCAGCCCCAGGCCUCAGAGCGUAUCUGUCUCUCCCGACGACUUAAACUGUGCAACGCCUUGCCUCCGAGCGGGCGGUGCCAGAGCCCAGAGGCCUCUCUCCUGGGCUUGUGAGACCUUUGACCCCAGGAGGCAGAUGGCGAUGGGGAAUCAGGGGAUUGACGCACGUGGGAGGAAGUUCACCAAGAGGGUGGUGGACAUCCGAGAGCUGAACGAACAGGCCAAAGUCAUCGACGACCUAAAGAAAUUGGGAGCCAGCGAGGGCACCAUCAACCAGGAGAUCCAGCGCUACCAGCAGCUGGAGUCGGUGGCCGUCAACGACAUCAGGAGAGACGUCAGGAAGAAGCUGCGUCGCUCCAGCAUGAGGGCGGCUUCUCUGAAGGAUAAGUGGGGCCUUGGCUACAAACCAAGCUACAACCGAUCCAAAAGCAUCUCGGCUGCAGCAGGCCGGCCGCCUCUAAAAAGGAUGGAUAGACAGAGUUCCAGAAUAGAUGGCGUGGACGAUUUACCAGAUGUCCGUCAGGACGCGUCCUCUCCUGGACCACGGGUCACCUUCAACAUCCAGGACACGGGUUUGGACUCUGAACACGCACCUGUCAGUCCAGGAGAGAUAUUCAAGUUUCCUGAGGAGACAGAGGUGGACCUGUUGUCAGUCACCACUGACGAGCCAUCCCAUCCUCACCAUCACCUUCAUCUCCAUUCUCCAUACGUUAUCGAGGGCCCGCAGUCGAUUUUCAGUGCCCCCUGCACUCCCGCUGUCUUCUCACCAGCCGUUCCCUUCCAGCACGACGACAUGAGGCGCGACGACCUGUCCUCUUCCUCCUCCGAAGACUCCGAGAAGGAGGACGAGUUUGAGCGCGAGAGACCCGUGAGCUAUCGAAGGCCUUUCCAAGCGUCUCACAGGAAGUCCUCGGGCUUUUCUGCUGUGAGUCAGCUGUUCAGCGAGCGCUGGCCGGGCACACCUGCCAACCGCAGCUUUAGUGGCCCAACAACUGAAAGAAACAUUGACUUUGAGCUCGAUGUCCGGGUGGAGAUCGACAGCGGGAAGUGCGUCCUCCAUCCAACGACUCAGCAGCCCGAGCAUGAGGACAUUUCUUUCAGGAGGAGCUGUGAGCGCAGCCUCAGGAGUCUCGACCAGGAGUCUCCCCCCAAGAAGAAGAAGCUGCAGCCCACCUAUACCUCCACCACCCAUCUCCUAGCUGGCAAGAAAUGCCCUUCUUCUCUGCAGACCAAAUCCAACGACAUGGAGACCACAGUCUUCUACAUUCCAGGAGUGGACGUUAAGUUGCACUACAAUUCCAAGACCCUGAAGACGGAGUCGCCCAACGCCUCGCGUGGAUCCUCUCUCCCCCGCACGCUCUCCAAAGAGUCGAAGCUGUAUGGUAUGAAAGAUAGCGGCCCUCCCAACCCUCCCAAUGCUGUCCAAAGCAAGACUAACUCGCUCCUACCUCCCCCGCCCCCACCUAUUCCAUCAGCCAAAGGUAAGGGCAGUGGAGGGGUAAAGACGGCCAAGCUGUAUGCCUGGGUGGCGCUGCAGACUCUGCCAGAGGAAAUGGUCAUAAGCCCCUGUCUGCUGGACUUCCUGGAAAAAGCACUGGAGACCAUUCCUAUCACUCCUGUGGACAGGAACUACGCAGUGGCUUCCCAGGAGGAGGACAUGGGUCAGUUUGAGACAGUGGAACCGCUGGAGGAAUCGACCACCUCCCUGGUUUCCUCCUCCACGUCCGCGUACUCCUCCUUCCCUGUGGAUGUUGUUGUUUAUGUCAGAGUGCAGCCGUCUCAGAUCCGCUUCAGCUGCCUGCCGAUGUCCAGGGUGGAGUGCAUGCUCAAGCUGCCCUCUUUAGAUCUGGUUUUCUCCUCUAACCGCGGCGAGCUGGAGACCCCGACAGGAACCCAUCCCGCAGACGGACCUCACCCGCCCUCCUCCACUCCGCCCGGGCAGCACGCCCCCAAGCCCCCUCCCAGCAAAGCGUCCCCGUUACUGGGGAGUCCUCUGGGCAGGAGCCGCCACAGCAGCAGCCAGUCAGACCUCACCGGCCCCCCCAGUAACUCCUCAGGCCUCAGCUUCACUGCCUGCAUGUCCGACUUCUCCCUGUACGUCUUCCAUCCCUACGGCGCCGGAAAGCAAAAAUCAGCCGUCACAGGCCUGCCCCCGGGUCCAGGGCCGUUAGGUACGGUGGAUGAGGAGCCGUCUUCUGUCACAGGAAGGAAAGACUCUCUGAGUAUCAACCUGGAGUUUGUCAAGGUCAGCUUAUCCAGGAUGAGGCGCACCGGAUGCCCCACCUUCAUUGAAAGCUUCAUUCCCGCUAAAGGGGGGAAAAUGGACACCACCCUCAUCAACAUCUCAGCUGUGUGUGACAUCGGCUCGGCCUCCUUCAAGUACGACAUGAGGCGCCUGAGUGAGAUCCUGGCCUUUCCGAGAGCCUGGUACCGCAGAAGUAUCGCCAGACGCCUAUUCUUAGGAGACCAGACCAUUAACCUCCCAGCCUCUGGCCCCGCCACCCCAGACUCGGCCGAAAACGUCACCCAGCAUCUCUCCCCGGAGUCCAGCCGCAAAGCCUACUGGAGGACCUGGGACGGCAGCACCGGGACGCAGCACAUGCCCCAGUCCCCCAACGUCUUUUCUGAACACUCAACUGGAAGCAACAUGUCCCCAGGCGGCGUGGGCCACCUCAAGUCCCCCGCGCCGGGUCGCACCAGGAGCGUGUCCGAUUCCUCCGCUCCGAGGAGAGAUUCGGUGACUAAGACAUCCACUCCUGCCUUCAGUAAAAACGGCAAGGCAGCUGGUCAGCAGGGGGCGCCGUGGGAGACGCUGGUGGUGUUCGCCAUCAACUUGAAGCUGCUCACCGUGCAAAUGAACAUGAGCAACGUCAUGGGAAACAACACCUGGACGACCAGCGGGCUGAAGAGUCAGGGCCGGCUGUCGGUCGGCAGCAACCGAGACCGAGAGAUCAGCAUGUCUGUCGGCCUCGGCCGCUCCAAGCUCGACUCCAAGGGCGGGGUGGUGGGCGGCAAUAUAGACGUGAACACCCUGGAGAUGGUCUCUCACAUCUCGGAGCACCCGAACCAGCAGCCCAGCCACAACAUCCGGAUCACCAUGGGCUCGACGGAGGCGCGGGUGGACUACAUGGGCUCCAGCAUCCUGAUGGGAGUGUUCAGCAACGCCGACCUGAAGCUGCACGACGAGUGGAAGGUCAACCUGUGCACGGCCGACACCAGCCUGUCGGAGAAAAGUGUGAUCUUCAUCCACGGAGACUUGCAGUGGGAUAUUUUCCAGGUGAUCAUUUCACGCUCCACCACGCCAGACCUCAUCAAGAUCGGCAUGAAGCUGCAGGAGUUUUUCACUCAGCAGUUCGACACCAGCAAGCGGGCCCUGUCCACCUGGGGCCCCGGCUCCUACCAGCCCCCCAAAACCCCCGUCAUAAACGCUGAGAAAGGCACCGCGGAGCUUUACAUGGACGCGGCUCAUCACCGCCACUGGCCCGGGGUGCUGAAGGUAAUCGCCGGCUGCCACAUCUCCCUCUUCCAGAUGCCUCUGCCUGAGAACACUGUGCAGCUGGGUGGAUCAAUGAGCCUCCACGGCAAUCACAUGACUCUGGCCUGCUUCCACGGGCCCAAUUUCCGCUCCAAGUCGUGGGCUUUGUUCCACCUGGAAGAGCCCAACAUCGCCUUCUUGACGGAGGCUCAGAAGAUCUGGGAGGAUGGCCCCAAAGACGACUCUACCUACAUUGUGCAGACGCUGGAUUUCAAUCUCGGUCAUAACACAAUGGUCACAAAACCGUGUGGUGCCCUUGAAAGCCCAAUGGCCACGAUAACCAAAAUCACUCGCCGGCGUCACGAAAACCCUCCACACGGAGUCGCUACCGUCAAAGAGUGGUUCAACUACGUCACUGCCAUGAGGAAUGAAGAGCUGAACCUGCUCAGAAACGUAGAAGCCAACAACCAAGAGAGCGGAGCGGCUACCAAAAGCUCCAGUCUGCUGAGCAGCUUCCGCAGCUCCUCCAGCUACAACCACGAGACCGAGACCAUCUUUGCCCUUCCCAGAAUGCAGCUGGCCUUCAGGUCCAGUCACGUACAGGACCCAGAGGAACCUUCUCUGUCAGACUCGGACAGCAAACCCAAAGUGGAGUGCAGCGUGGUCACGGAGUUCACCGACCACAUCUGCGUCACCAUGGACGCCGAGCUCAUCAUGUUCCUCCACGACCUGGUGUCAGCCUACCUGAAAGAGAAGGAGAAAGCCCUUUUCGCCCCGCGGAUGUUCGCGGCUCGGCCGGGCCAGAAGAGCCCCACGGCUCUGCACGACGAAAGCUCCGCGGACAAGGACAAGGACGACGGCAUCAACUACACCACGGUGGACUGGAGGGAGUUCAUGUGCAAAACCUGGCACUUGGAGCCCACUCUCAGGCUCAUCUCCUGGACGGGCCGGAAGAUCGACCCCGUGGGAGUGGACUACAUCUUGCAGAAGCUCGGCUUCCACCACGCCAGGACUACGAUUCCCAAGUGGCUGCAGAGGGGCGUGAUGGACCCCCUGGAUAAGGUGCUGUCCGUGCUCAUCAAGAAGCUGGGCACCGCCCUGCAGGACGAGAAGGAGAAGAAAGGCCGAGACAAAGAGGAGCACUGAGGAACUCCGACACUCCCACCACUGGAAUAAAAGCUGUGCAUAUGUUCUCUGCAGGUCACAAACACUGGAUCACAAAGGCCACUACUGUACAGUUUGUCAUUUUACCUGCUAGACCCUGUGAAUUUCAACAUAGUUGUUUACUGUGGUGCUUUCCACUAGCAGCCUGACGCGUUUUGCACCGAUGUUAUUUUCUGUACAUUUUGAACAAAGUAGCAGAAGCUCGUUUUCUUUGACCGCUUUAAAGGUAAAACCCUGCCUCUUUUUACCUGUUGUAAAUGACCUUACUGAGACCGCUUCAACGUUUUGUUUUAAGGCUCACCGAUCGUUGAUGAGAAAUGAUUUCUUAAACCAUUGCCUUUUCUUUGUUUCCCAUGGAACACGUGGUAGGUAUGCUUUAUGUAAUUUUAUAGCAUAGCUUUACGAUAUUUGACAGCAGCUCUUGAUUCUUUGACGUGAACAAAUAAACACUGGGAGGUUUUCCGGCUCGUCGUCCCCUCAGUCGCAAGGAUGGCGUCGGCUUGUAAUUAUAAUUUUUCAACCGAGAUCAUUAUUUAUGGGUACGUUGAAUGCAAAGUCUGUAUUAGCUUGGUGUUUCAAGCUUCUCCUUGUCUUUUUUAAUCCACACGGUAGAACCAGUGUAUAUAGUUAAAUUUCUUAAAUGUGUUGAUUUCUUAACUUAAUAAAAUUAUUGCCAUUCAGUUUUGAA